ACGUGGCUGGCUGACGCAUUUUGUUCUUUUUCCCAAAUUCCAAUGAGCUAUAAAGUGGUCGAUUUUUUUUUACGGGAUUAUGUAGACUUGUUUCUAUGAGUUGGCAAGUAGAAUACUUUUAUUUAAGGUUUAUUUGAUUAUCUGAAAUACCUAAAUAUUCUUAAUUAUAAUCACAUUUUAACUAAUGCAUUUAACUUGAUUUUGGAUGGAGUUUCUUGCGCUAGUCUGCUACGAAACUUCUAGAGCUGUGGGCCAUUGUCGCUUGCAUUCGCAGCCGCUACUUUGAAUCAAUUCCUUUUCAAGUAGGCAAAAGGAAGCUGCAAGCCGAAACGUUGCUGCAGGCUACAAAAAUGCCAAGUAAUGAAGUGAAGCAAAGGAAGAAGACCACGGCUCAGAAACAAAAUGACGAACCGGUAGAAACGUCAAAGUACACUUCCGAAGAUGAAGCAAAAAAAGCUAAAGCUACCGAAGGAAAUAGCUUGGCUGAAACUAAAAUCUCCUCGCCGUUCUCCCUGGAUGUGAAAACGAUAACUUGUCUAUUGUCACUGAUAGUUUGCAUAGUGCUUAUAUGGGUGGUAUUGCAGCAGAAUGCAAGAUUCUUCGACGUGGAAGAAAAGUACAAACUACUGUCUGGGAAGACUGCACGUCUCCUUGAAAUGGAGGAGGAAGUCAUCAAGGUGUCCAAGAAGUGCGAGGGUGUCCAGAGCCUGUUGGAGCAUCUAGAGAGGCAGCCUGGUGGUCUCCUGCCCCACUUGGAGGCCCUGGAGCGGGAUGUAAGCCAGCUGAAGGACUGGGCGUCCGGCCUAACGGAGAAACGCGGCCUGCUCCAGGACAGCGUGGCAGCACUGACCGAGGCUGUGGGACAAAUCGAGGGACGCACCUCUGCUAUCACUAAGGAUGUCAACACUAAGGUGGCGUCGGUUCGGACGGACGUGCGUCGGAUGGAUGGGCUCCAGUCGGAGGUGGAGUCUCUCCUGGAGAAGGUAAGGGAGCUGGAGGAGCGGGCCGCCCAGGCCGAACGCAGCAUGGUCAAACGUAUCGGCGACCUACUGGCCGGCAGCAUCGACCGCAUCCAGGGCCUUAAGGGCGCCACGGAGCGCAACGCCCAAGCCCUGGAGCAGCUCAAACAUCGCCUACCUGAGCUGUUCGUCAACGACCAGCAGAUCUCGGAGCGCCUGAGGGAGCUGGAAAGCGGCCGUGCCCGAUUGGUCCGCACGGUGACUUUUGCCGGCGACCUCAAGCCCAAGGUGGCGGCCAUCAAGCGGGACUUCGGGGCGCUGGCUCCGCAGGUGGAUGAGCUGACCCUGAGGAUCGGCCGUCUGGCCGAGGAUCUGACCAGGAGGGAGGAGGACAUCGCAGAGCUACGGCAGACGUUCUCUAACCUCAGCGCUGUGGAGGAGGACCUAGGAGUUGUGACACAGCAGUUGAGUCAGAUAGUUGAGCCUGAGAUGCCCGUAGUGGGAGGAGAGAUGCUUCUGCAGAAAGUCAACGUGAGCGAAGCCCUCCCUCAGACACUGGAAGGAGAGCUGUGAAUGAGUACUUUUCUAUAUGCUAUAGAUCUACAGAGUAAAUGGCAAACGUUCAGCUUGUCACCAAUCAUUCCCUUACAAUAACUUGCACGUUUUUGUAAAUCUCAGAGUUUGCUGAUCUCUCUACAGCCAUGGUCGACCCCACCUAGCCCUUACAACAGCUUCUGGAUUCCCCCAGAGAUCUUGAUUAAUGUAAGCAAUAUAAUGGAAACCACAGAAGAACAGGUUGAUCCCCCUAUAAUGUACAUUCCAGUAUACUUUCCAUUGACUGUAUACGUAUACAGAUCUUUAGGGGGUCGAGAGGUAAGUCCUAUGGGGUUGGGGUUAGGUUGAGACUAACUGUGCUUCUUGUCUAGAAUGCUGACUGACGUAUUUUGCUUUACAAAUUGUAUCCUUGAAUGAACCUGUCAUAUGAGUAGGUUGGCGUUUAUUGCGAUGAAUCUUGUCCUGGAGGCAGAGCUGAGCAAUUUCCACUAGAAGGGCCAGUGGCAAAGUCAAAGUUCAUGAAAACAAAAAUGUGCUUGUUGGUAGUGUGGUUUAGGGAUAAGGUUGGUAGUGUGGUUUAGGGAUAAGGUUGGUAGUGUGGUUUAGGGAUAAGGUUGGUAGUGUGGUUUAGGGAUAAGGUUGGUAGUGUGGUUUAGGGAUAAGGUUGGUAGUGUGGUUUAGGGAUAAGGUUGGUAGUGUGGUUUAGGGAUAAGGUUGGUAGUGUGGUUUAGGGAUAAGGUUGGUAGUGUGGUUUGGGAUAAGGUUUAAAAUCAGAUUUUAUGGCUGCGCCAGCUAGUGACUACCCUGCAGAGCUGCCUCCAGUACAUGAAUCAUCCCAGUAAAUGCCAACCUGUGUCCUAGGAGACUGGAAUGUUAUUUAAUUUUUUUGAAAAAUGGCAUCAAUCAUGGUGAAUGAGAGGUCUUGCUGGUCCACAGUUUUGGAAUGUGAGCAGUCUCUUGAACAGUUUCCCCCUUAUCAGUUGUCAGUCUGGCCAGUGGGCGGGUUGUAACAACACUGCUUGACCCCUGUGUGACCUGAACAUGGGUAUGUAUUCUCAGGCUAAGGGGCCUGUUCAGGAGGAAUGUUUUGCUACAAUAUGAUUCUGUACAAUAGGGAAUGAUGAUGUCAGCGCUAUACAUUCUACCUGCAAUGUUCUCAAUAGUUCACAGUGCUGAAUACAUGCCCUGGGGUUCCACAUGGCUAGCUAGUUCUGCUAGUUUCUGCAUCUCUGCCAUCAAUCAAAUCGAAAUGAGUCUGUGGUUUAAAGGUAUAGGGACCUAAAAUAGAAUACUGAACGCUGCUGGUGUAAACAAUCUGUUGCCAGGAGUUUAUUCAAUGGGGCUGACUGCAGAGCAAUGCAGAUAGAAAUGUGUGGCAUAGAGCUGUGAUUCAUGUCUGAGAGUUGUUUCUGUUCUGUUUAACAUUUUUAUCUGCAACAUUGCUGACGUUGCACUCCUCUGAUUUAAAAAAAACAACAACCUUGGGCUUAUUCAGUGGGUUACCAUAUGUUCCGAUGGAAAUAUAUUGUGUAGAACAGACAUCACGAUCAUGUAGGAUAGGGAAGCAUGCUAAUCUAUUGAUUUCUAGGGCUAUUCUGCUGAGUAAGCCUCCAGGUGUUUUACAGGAAAUAUACGUCUGAAGGAGGAAGUAUCUAUCGGAGCUGAACAAUGAGCUGCCAAUCACCAAAGGCCAAUCUCCAACCCGAGAGCCAAUCACAACUUGUUUAACAUGCACAUUGGCAUGUCAUCUCUAAAGAUGGAGUUGAACCUACACAUACCUGGAAUCGCUCAAAUGAAAACCAGACAUUAGGACGCAGAUUGCAGCUGGUCUUUGGGUAAAGAGUGUGGACACCAUACCACUGUUUUAACUAAAGCUAAUUACAUGUACAGAUCACACCACAUGUAUUUACAGUAGCCAUUCCUUCAAACUGUCACAACCCCAUUGUAGUGGUGUUAGGACACUGCAGAGAUGGUGUUUGGAUAUGUUGUUCUUCGUGUGAGGGUUGUGCUUAAUAAAUUAUGUCAAUUUGAA